AACUGCUACGUAUAACCGACAAGCUGAAGUCGUGUUUGCCGUCGCCAUGACGUUCAUGGCCACGCGGCCGCAGUCGGCGCGUCCAUCGUCCGCCGUGGCAUCACACCACCGGGCCAAAACCAACAAAAUCACGCUCGGCAUGUACCGGUUUCGGCCGGGGACGUCGAGUUUGGAGAAGGUCGGGCCUGUGGAUGUACACACGCCGGUGCUGACGCUGCUCGCGCUCCUGGCAGACGACACGUCACCGUUGUAUCAUUCCGUACACCACUUGAAAAUGCAUCGUUUUCGAGCGCACAUCCCAAGCACGGUGAUUGUGGGUCGCCAGUCGGAACCUACUGCAUGGUAUCACACCAACAAGGACGGGUAUGUGCUCAAGAAGCACCCGGCACAUUGCACGUGGAAGCAUGUGCGAGAGGCACUGUGUGGUGGGCGACACUCCCCCGAUUAUGUGGCUACCCACGACAACAAGAACAUCCAUUGGCCUGUGGCCGUGGCCAAGUUUGACGACGGGCGCUUGCGGGUGCUGACGCGGCACGCGCUACUCGUGCUGCUAAAAGAACUGGAAACGGCCUGUCCAGGGCAGACGAAUGCUGUCCAUCCGUUUUGCAUCCAAGCCUUCGUCCCACCCGCCAAGCGCGUGCGAUACAUCAGCAUCUACACGCUGGUGCGCAACGUAGGGGACUGCCACGUCGUGGUCGCGGAGCUCACAUCGAAUUACAAGGAACAGCCCCAUGACAACGGCGACGGGAGUAACGACGUCGAUAUCACCAAGGAGCCCAUUGAAAUCUUGGAAGCAGAAAACAGCUUGAUGGUGGAAUCGAUCAAACGCACGACGUUGUUGCUCAUCCACCACGUGAACCGCAAACAAUCGGCGUCCAGCACGCCCGUGAUCAGUAAACUCAUUGCCGAAUACAUGAUCCACACCAAGGACAACGAAGUGUACUUGACGGCGAUUCUGGGCGUGAGCUGGCAGCAUGGCGACCAAGUGCAGCUGGUAGACUUCCAGACGGAAACAACAAUCUUAUCCACUCGGGAGGAUCAGGGCAACAACCAGGGGGGGCGGGGGGGGGCAACGCAUGCCGUCACAAAACAAGUCAAAGCGUUUGCCCGCAGCUUGCAAGGAAGCACGGAACUAUACGAAGCUGCGGAGCGACACGCGUCGGAAUGUCAGGACGAAGCCGCCAAGUUGAAACAGCAAGUCGCUGCGUUGGAAGUAGAAUUGGACCAAGUCAAAGCCAAGCUGGACACGUCCACGGCGCACGCCGACGCGCAGCGCAAGAUCAAAUGCCUCGAGGGCCGCAUUGAACUCCAAGACAGGCAAAUCGCAACCUUAGAGAGCGCGGUGGCAGUUCACGAGGCCAGCGCUGUCACCGCCGCCGCGGGGCUGGAUCGAGAACGCGUGUUGUUUUGCGAAGCGCUCACUGCGUCCCAAGCCAAAGUGGACAGCUUGACGGCAGUAGUGGCCCAGCUAGAACGCGAAAAAAGUGAGCUACACGCCCAAGUCUUGUCCCAAGCCCACGCGUUGCAUGCUGCUGCGGGGACCGUCGAAGCGUUGCAAGGAGCGGUGGACAAGCAAAAGCUGUUGACGCAUCAAGUGUCGUCGAGCUUGCGGGAGUUGCAAGUGCAAGUCAACCUCGUCGAGGCCGAAAACGACAAGUUCAAGGCUUUGUUGCCGUUUGCGAGCGUGAAAAAAGUCAACUGGUGCAGCAAAAUGCACUUGCACGAGUUUGCGAUGGACUGGCCCGAGUACCGCAUGGAAAUCGGCGUGCUCAACCGCUGUUUGAGUGCCCAUUUCAGCGUGUUGAAGCGGAUAUUCAGUCAGUUUGCCAAGGUCAAAGUGCCGUUGGUGGCGCCCCACAUUGCACUAGGCCGCACACACCCGCUCCUGUCAAAUCAACUGAAUUAUGCCCAGCUCGUGGCGUUGCUGGAACGCUGUCACAUUGUCACGACACGGUGCUCUCAGUCAUUUGGACUUCGUCUUGUCGUUAUACAGAAUUUCAUUGCGCUGUAGGUUUACACCGCCUCAGGUGGAGCCGCUGUUUACCAAGUGCACAGCCGCGAGAUGGCACCAAACGCACGGACCCAAGCUCACGACCGCGGGGAUGUCAUUGCCUCGGGGCUUGUUGCUGGUCGAGUUUAUGGAGCUACUGGUGCGCGUUGCCCAUGUCCGCGGCGGGGGCAAAAGCGGGCUCGUCGCGGAAAGUCUGCAUAAAAUGGUCGAAGAUUGCAUUUACCCGCAUGUGCAUUGGAAGGACGUGGAGGCUGCGGCUGUGGGGUUGAAAUAACACAACGUUUCGCUGUUUUUAUACCAAGAUUGUCGUAUGGUGCAUUUCAUCUAAAAAUGUGCCUGGCUCCAUAUAUUUCCAUACAAAAAGGCUGAUUGGUUUAAAUUCUAUUACUCGAUCAAUUUUUCAC